AUGUCUGAUGAAGAUAUUAUCACUACUUUAGCCUAUACCAAGAGCCCAAAGUUCUCCAAAAGAACCACUUUUCAGGAAGAGCUACAAGAAGCACUUCUUGCUCGUGCAAUAACGCAGGAGACUGAAGAAUAUUCAGAAGACUUUGAAAGUGACGAAUACUCAGAAGAGGAAUUUCCUGAAUCUGAGAAAAACAUCUCUCCUAAAUCAGCAGUCUUUACAGUAUCACCAUCUAACUUUAAUCUUUGUAACACUUUAAAAAGUGAAAGUGCCGAUGACUUGUCUUCAUCAGAGGAAUAUGAGGGAUCUCAAUAUGUGUCCAUUCUGGAGAGAAAAGUUUUGAGCAAAGAGAGGCAAACUAUUCCCUUUUCGCUUACUGAACACCCUGGAUCAUGUAAAAGGAGUACAGCAAAACAAUCCAGUCCAUUUGAAAUAUCUUUGUCAAAUCACUAUUCUUUUGGAAAACAAACUGUUGGUAACUUGACAUUAACAAACUAUGAAGAAAUGCCUCAAGAAGCAACCACAUCAGAAAAUAAACAUUUGAUCAAAGACACCGAAGAUGAUACAGUUAUUGAAGAAAGAUCUGAUCGUGAAGAAGACUACAGUCAUAUAGAGGAAACAAUUAGGGGUGAAUUGUCAUUAGAGAAAAAGGAUAUGAUCCAGUAUAAAAUGGAAAGCAAGCCAGUGCCAAAGCCAAGGGAGUUCAAGACUAAGGCUGCAUCAGCAUCAGCUGAAAAUAUAAGCAUUCCUGCAUUAUAUGAUUUUUCAAAGCCAUCUCCUCAACCUAGAAGUAUUUUGAGGAAAAGUAACCAUAUGGAAGAUUACGAAGGAACCAAGGCAGAGGGAAGAAUUCCUAACCACCAUCGGCUGUUUUCAUUAUCUGCACCAUCUUCUGAGACAAGAUUAAAUGAUCAGGUGACGAAAUCUGAAAGAAGAGCACUUUCUGAAAGUCCUGGUGCUGAGGGCCCCUUGAUUGCAAACUCCUCAGCCUCAUUACCUAUCCAUUUUUCAUCAGUAAAAGAGAAAACUGGAGAUGCUAAUUUGGCAAUAUCUGGAAAUGAAACCUCUUCUAAAGCUGCCAACUCCGCCCGGCCAGCGCUGCCGCCGCCGGAUGAAGCGAGCAGUCCCGGGAGUUCCUGCCCUCCCUUUUGGAGCGAUGACGACGACGACUCUGCCACCCAGGAGAAGCAAGCUGCAGCGGAGGUGCUUCAAAAGGGAGGACGGGAACUCCCAGAUAAUGAACAUCAAGAAAUUGACAAUUGCCAUGAUCUCAGAUUGCUGGAGAAUGACAGAAAAUCUCCUUCGGUUAUAGAAUUAAUGAUGACCACAGUUUAUGAGAAUACUAAGAAGCAAUAUAAGUCAACUGAAGUCUUUCUAGAACAAAAAGUCCCAAUGUUAAAACCCAGUGUCAUUGAAAAUAAUUCUAUUGAGACACCAAAAGAUGAUCAAUCAGAACAGAAAGUAGCAUUAACUACUUCAAAAUCUAUACUGGAUAAUUCAAAGGAUUUUGUAAAGGAAAAGUGUGAAGAGAUAGAGGCAGUUCCACAAAAAGCUAAAAUCAGGUCUGUGAGCACUACAUAUUUGAAGAAUACAGGGAAAUGCUCUCCUGUCCCAAGAAGUACAUCUGCUCAAUAUUUAGGAACAUUAAAGUUCUUGGACGACAAGCAUCUACAAAAAUACAGUGCUGAGCUAGAUAAAGCGGAUAGUUUACGAGCAGCUGUUUACCAGGACUGGUUGGAAAAGAAGAGAAUCUUCCUUUUGGAAUUACAAAGAAUAAAAAGAACCAAAGCCGAGAACUUGCGAGAGAAAAAUGAAAAGAAAGAAGCUGCUAAAAGAGAAGAAGCAUUUGCGUCCUUUGAAGCUUGGAAGGCUAUGAAAGAAAAAGAAGCAAAACAAUUGGCUGAGAAAAAAAAAUUGGAAGCAGCAGAGAAAAAGAAAGAAGCCGAACUAAACAAGAAGAAAAAGGAAGAGGCACAAAAGGCUUUUGAGAAAUGGAAAAAAAAGAAAACUGCAUAUUUAAAACAGCAAAUACAAAAGGAGAAACGAUUUGAAGGGUUCAAAAAGAAGAAGGAGCAGGAGGUUGUUGCAGAGAAGAGAAAAGACAGCAGAUCUGCAGUUGAAAAAUGGAAUGAGAAAAAAGAAGAAUUCAUGAAGCAAAAGAAAAAAGAAAAAAUCCAAGAAAGGAAAAAAGAAAUAGAACAAGAAGUUGAGAAAGAAGAACAAGAUAAAAGAGCUCUAGAUGAAUAUACAAAAUGGCUGGAAAAGAAAGAGAUGGACGAAAGUAUGCACACAAAACCCAAAAAACUUCAGGUUAUUCUUGAGGAUGAAACUUCACCUCCUUGGAGUCCACCUGGCAAGGCUGUGUCCUCAAGAAGCUAUUGAGACGUCGUCCAGUGCCAUGAGAGAAGUUGAACUUUUUGCCCUCACUUAAUCAUUAUUGCACAACAACUGAUUUU